AUGAAGACGACCAGACGGGGUUCGAAAGAGGACAGAAGGCGAACCCCAGGAGACAGGCGAAUCAAUCGUCAAGGAGGAUCGAUGAAUCUUCGUUCAAUUGCUGCUAGAACAGAGGCGGAGGGAGGUGCAUCUUCAACCCAGAACAGGCCUCCCACCAUCUCCAAAAUCCGACAACCGUGUGCCGCCUCACCGCCGCCGUUGAUCGGCGGCGGCCGUCGUUCAUCGGCGGCCAAACAAAAAAGGUCCAAACAGUCCAAUAAGUCUCGAGGGCCUGAUCCAGCCCAGCUCAGAUUAGGGUUCCAACGUAUGUUCAAACAGGCGCAGCGUAAGCCAAGGAGGUCAAGGGUCAUCACACCGGCCACCGAGAUUUCCGCUGAGGAGAUCGGGACUGACCCAUCCCGAAUCCCCGGCCAACUAACCAUGAGCACGUUACCGUUAUCAUCGAGCAGACCCCCGGUGGGUGGGUAUAAUAUCCCACCACGGCCAUCAUGGAGGGGGGAGCCACGCAAAUCUCAGAAGCAUAAACACAGUAAACCAAAUAACCAAAACAAGAUCAAGGAGAACCCACAACGGAUCAACAGUAAAACCAAGAGUUCAAACCAACAACAAGUAAAAACUGAAGCCAACAGUACAUCAGAGUCACAAAAACCAGAAACCAGAAGACAUCAAAACCCAUCAAACCACAACUACCAAAUACAUCCAAGAUACAAAGCAAAAUAUAUCAAAGGAAGGAUCGAAACUCUUGGCGCGAGGAAAAGCACCACCGUGAGGAACGAAAACGUCGGGAUACGAAGGGUUUUAAGGGUUUACGGGGUGGAGAGGAGUAUUUUGAGGGGCUUUGGUUUUUUCGGCCGCCGCGAGCGGCGGCCGUCGGCGGUUGUGGACAGCGUCGUAGGUGGUCGGAAUCGCCAAGGGAGAGGGCUUCAGAGCCUUCUCUCGUUUGAGAGAAGAAUCUGA